AUGGGUGAACUCACAUUGCUGGAGGGCAUGGCGAACACCGGCGGCUGGAGUGAGGAGCCGGUCUCUAAGGACAAGCAGCGUCCUCCGAUCUAUAAUCCUGAGGACUACGCGACCUCUUUAAAGAAAUGGGGCAAAAAGUCAGGCGGAGUCACUUUGUAUGAUUUAGAAGGGGCACAAGACGGGAACAAAUCUCGGACUCUACCAAUCCCGACUAGUAAGGACUUCAGAAAUCCCUGCCUGGGUCUGGGAGAAGAAAUGACAUUACGCCAAUUUGGAACACCGAGUGAACUCCUUACUAAACUCAGAGCUGAUCUCAGACUCUCUUUUCCAAGUUUCGUUCAGGAGUUCGCCUGUGAGCCGCUAGAUGGAGUCACGUUACUAUUAGAACUCCUGCGCAACGUACAGCUCAACCAAUCCGGAGAAGGUUCGAGGGGCCCACCAGCUGUGCGAAGGCGACCACUUCUUGAUGAGCUGGCUUGUCUACAAUGUUUGUGGAGCUGCUGCAGUAGGUAUCCUGACUGCGUACGGAGGCUAGUGGGGGGCUCCAAUGGAGUAUAUACGCUUACAGUAUGCAUCAUGUCUACUGUCAAUAAAUGCAGAGUUUUAGCCUUGCAGCUCUUAACAAAAGCCUGCUAUCCACCGGCAAACGGUCACAGCAUAGUAUCUGAAGCUCUCUCAACCCUCCGCCUUCGCUACGGAGAACCAGUUCGCUUCAGGUUCCUUGUAGGAAUGCUGCAAAGUGCUGGUGGUACUGGUGACCUGCAAGCAGCUGGGCUAAGCUUCAUCAAUGCGCUUCUCAGUAGUGCUCCCACCCCGCAGAGGAAAUUGUACAUACAAGCUGAAUUGGAGCAGGCUGGAUUUGACAUUGUUACUUUGAAAAAGAUGGUAGCCAAACUGCCAAAAGCCAAUGAGAACGUGACGAUUGGGAUAGCAGAGUACGAAAAACAGUUGAUAGACAUCGACUCACUAAGUGAGAAGGCCCAUGAGGCGCAAAUGGAGAAGGACGAUCUUAGAAACAAACUUGACCUGCUUGAAAAGAGAGUCAAGAUUCUACAAGAAGAGAAGGGAAUCCUCCUGUCUCUAGAAAAGUGUCUGAAAGAAAAAUGUUGUGAACUACAAGAGGAGGUUUCUUCUCUGCGUUCGGAGCACGGCAACUCUAAUAGAAAGAAGCCAUUUUCCAUGAAGAAAAAAAACUCAGUACUCAAAAGUAGAGAUGAAUCAUCACCGCCAGAAGACGAAGGCAUUAGCUCUUCAGAAAGAUCUUUAAGUCCUGAAGGUGAUCCUCAAAGAGAAUCUAUGGUCUAUGAAAUGUUCAACGUCAAAAAUGAAACAUAUGACCUCAUGCGCAAUAAACGGCCGCUACACAAAAAACUGGAACACAAAAAGAACGACAAAAAAUCGUCUGAUGAAGAAGAUGAAACAACGAUAGAUGAAGUCAUUCAAGAACUAAGAAAUAUUGCUAACCAUGCUGAAUCUGAACAGUACGUUAAAGACAGUUUCAUUGAAAACCGGUCAUCUAGGUGCAAUCAAACUUCAGAGAUUAAUGUACCUCUAGAAUGCAAAAAGCAUAGAGAAGAAAAAGAAGACUCUAUAACUAGCACAAGGCACAGUAUACAGAUAAAAAGCAAAGAGGAUUAUGCAGAUGAUAGCGUAGAAGAUGAUGAGGAAUCGGAAAUAGUUCCAACUAAAAUUGUUCCACACCCACCCAGAAAGUCACAGAGCCUGCUUCAUUUAUUCGUUCCCCCUGCAGACCAGGGUUUGUUAUACAAACCGCCUGACUUAUUCGAUGACAAUUUCUAUUCAAGUGAUGAAGGGUCGGACUCUCUGUUAAGCGCUUCUAAAUUUAAUACAAAAAAUUCCAACCAAAAGGUGUGCAAACAGCCUUCAGGCUCGAGUUUCGACUUUCACGAAUGCCGAGCUGUAUUUAAUGCAAAAAAUAAAGAUGAUAGUAGACCCAAACGUUCUAGAACUCGCUCCCGAGAAGACACUAGAAAGACAUCUAUAAAACGAAGUGAAUCUUUCCAAACAUCUGAAAAAGGUUCCCGUCAACGGGAAUAUAUUGAUAGUAUGUUUUUCGGAGAAAGUCACUCGUCUUUGGGUGGAAAAGUUCCAAUACAAAGAUCAAACUCGAAAUGUAGUCGAGUCGAUGAAAUAGUGAACUUGAUUGAAUCUAAAAAGCUGACAAAAAGUUUGGACAGAAUUGAUGAAGGCCUUAACUCAAUGGUGGAUAUUGUAAUGCUAACAGAGCCCAAAAAACCAAUGUGGCCGUACGAAAGACGACAAAGAUCUUGCUCCAGAACUAGUAGUGACACAGGAAACGAGAGUCCUCUGAUACCUAUCACAAGGUCAAAUAGCAAACUAUGUAAUAACAUUCGCUACGAAUCCAGAACAUGUCCCAAAGACGAUCCAAUAUUCCGAAUUGAUGGACAAACAUUUUACAAGUCCCAGGCCAAAUUAAGCCCUGGACUUGACAAUAAACCUUUUAAUAGUUCCACGUUUCUAGUUAAACGUGGUCAUAGCAAUGCCGGCUUUUAUUCUGGCCCUCAUAUGUUAAGGGAUGCUCCUGCUAGCAUGACUAGUCUUGUCGUUAAUGGUACACAUAGUCAUGCUGAUCUGAAAAGAACUCUAUCUCCGAUGGGGUCGUCUUCAGGCAAAUAUGGAGCCCACAAAGUACUAGAUAUGCCUUCUGGAUUGUACUAA